AUGAGCCGGAACAUUAAAAUCGUGUUUACAAAACUAUUGCUGUGCUUCUUUGUGACUGGUGCCUUUGGAAGAUCAUGGGCGAAUCAUCACGACACUACGACUUCCACUACACAAACAACACCGACAACGAGUCCGAUUCCCAAGAACAUUCAUAGUGACCCUCUCAUAGUGGAAACGAAGAGUGGUCUCAUUAAAGGGUACGCUAAAACGGUAAUGGGACGUGAGGUUCAUAUUUUCACUGGAAUACCGUUUGCCAAGCCUCCUCUUGGACCUCUCAGAUUCCGCAAGCCAGUACCAAUUGAUCCUUGGCAUGGAGUUCUUGAAGCCACAGCUAUGCCAAACAGCUGUUAUCAAGAAAGGUACGAGUACUUUCCAGGAUUCGAAGGAGAGGAAAUGUGGAAUCCUAAUACAAAUAUAUCAGAAGACUGUCUCUAUCUAAAUAUUUGGGUGCCACAACAUUUAAGAGUUCGUCACCAUCAAGAAAAGCCCUUAACAGAGAAGCCAAAAGUGCCAAUUCUAGUAUGGAUAUACGGCGGUGGUUAUAUGAGUGGCACAGCUACACUUGAUUUAUAUAAAGCUGAUAUAAUGGCAUCUUCUAGUGAUGUGAUUGUAGCUUCCAUGCAGUAUAGGGUAGGAGCGUUCGGAUUUUUGUACCUCAAUAAAUACUUUUCGGCGGGAAGCGAAGAAGCACCCGGAAAUAUGGGUCUAUGGGAUCAACAGUUGGCUAUUCGCUGGAUAAAGGAAAAUGCUCGCGCGUUUGGUGGCGACCCGGAACUAAUAACGUUAUUUGGAGAAUCAGCUGGCGGAGGUAGUGUCAGUUUGCACAUGCUUUCACCUGAAAUGAAAGGAUUGUUCAAAAGAGGUAUCUUACAGUCUGGAACCUUGAAUGCACCAUGGAGUUGGAUGACGGGUGAAAGGGCUCAAGAUAUUGGAAAGGUUUUAGUUGACGAUUGUAACUGCAACAGUUCUCUAUUAUCUGCUGAUCCAAGCUUAGUUAUGGACUGCAUGCGUGGAGUAGACGCAAAAACAAUUUCUGUACAACAAUGGAACUCAUAUACCGGUAUCUUAGGGUUUCCAUCGGCCCCUACAGUAGAUGGUGUUUUUUUGCCAAAGGAUCCUGAUACAAUGAUGAAAGAAGGCAAUUUUCAUAAUACUGAAGUUCUACUUGGGAGUAAUCAAGAUGAAGGGACAUAUUUUUUGCUCUACGAUUUCCUUGACUACUUCGAAAAGGAUGGACCUAGUUUUCUACAGCGGGAAAAAUUUUUGGAAAUCGUCGAUACAAUUUUUAAGGACUUUUCUAAAAUCAAAAGAGAAGCUAUUGUUUUUCAAUACACAGACUGGGAGGAGAUCACAGACGGUUAUUUAAAUCAGAAGAUGAUAGCUGAUGUGGUCGGAGACUACUUCUUCGUGUGCCCGACCAACUAUUUUGCUGAGAUUUUGGCUGAUUCUGGCGUUGACGUCUACUAUUAUUAUUUCACUCAUCGUACAAGUACGAGCCUUUGGGGCGAAUGGAUGGGAGUGAUGCACGGCGACGAAAUGGAGUAUGUGUUCGGCCACCCGCUUAACAUGUCGCUGCAGUACCACACACGUGAACGUGACCUGGCCGCCCACAUCAUGCAGUCUUUCACCAGAUUCGCUCUCACUGGGAAACCACAUAAACCGAACGAGAAGUGGCCCCUGUACUCCAGGUCGUCGCCACAUUACUACACAUACACCGCUGAUGGCACCAGCGGUCCUGCAGAGUUGGAGCACGUUCCCUGUGACCGUGCGGUAACUGGACCGUACAGCAGCGUGGCGGGCACCACACUGCCGGUGCUACUGCUCACUGCUCUAGCUACCACGGUAGCAUUGUAA